CGCUGUGUCUCUCUCUGUCAAAUAAAUAAAUAAAAUCUUUAAAAAAGAAAAGAAAAGUAAGUUCCAGGAAAGGUUAAGAAACCUCCUAGUAAGUAUUGGAGCAGGGACUUGAACCUGGGCAGUCUGGCUGCAGAAUCCAUGCUAUUAGCCACAGUUGGAAAUAUGCAGUUGAGGUUGAGGAGCAAGGUCGGGAUAGAAGACAGAGUGGUCUAUUCAUGUAGCCAAAACACAGUUCUGUUGUGUGCCUGGCAGUGGGAUAGACAGUGGGGAUAAAACAAGUAGGUACAUUGUGUGUCCUGGAAGUGCCCAGGGGGGCAUUGAAAGUGGAGACCGAGAGAUGCAGCGAAUCAUUAGAGAAGACUGAGAACCAAGAUACACAGAGGGAAGCUAGGUGAGGAAGGAAGCAAAGUAAAUAAAGAGCUUCAAGAACAAUCAAAAGGCCAACAGUGUCCUCUGUAAUAGAUGUCAUUGGUGAGAACGGUUUUUAGUGGUGUAGCAGGGCAGAAGCCAUACUGCUUUUAUGCAUGUAAAUUUGCAUAGAACUGAGAUGGAAAUCCGUAAGAUCUCCAGAAGACAAAGGGGGAAAACAAUAGGAAAGAAAACAGAUUCAAAAGAACUGUAAAUACAAACAUGGGAAAUAUUCAAGCCCAGUAUUCAAAAGGUGGAAAUUAAAAAUACAAUCUAAGUUUAAAACAACUUAAAAACGCAAUGUUUAUAGACUUCUGUUUCUGGCCAACAUGGAAUAACAGGGACAACGGCAACAACAACAACAAAGACAGACAAAAUACAUGAAACAAUCGUUCUAAGACCCUGGAUAUCAGAUGACAAAGGACAGUCAUCCCUGGGAGAUGGAAAAUCAACGAGGAAAUGUUAAGCGAUGGCCUUCAGGGAGAAAGGAAAUGAAACCAAGUGGAAAUCUGGAUCUACAGGAAAGGAUGAAAAGCAGUGGCAAUGGUAACUACGUAGCUUCCUCUUCUCAGGAUCUCCAUUACUCAAAAAAGCAUCAUCAAAAACAAGGAGGGCAUGGAAGCCAAGUCACUAACUGCCAGGUCCCAUACACUGGUGACCUUCAAGGAUAUACUUGUGAACUUCACCAGGGAGGAGUGGAAGCUGCUGGAUACUGCUCAGCAGAUCAUGUACAAAGAUGUGAUGCUGGAGAACUAUAAGAACCUGAUUUCCUUGGGGCAUCAGCUUCCCAAACCAGAUGUGAUCCUCCAAUUGGAGAAAGGGGAAGAGCCGUGGCUGGUGGAGAGAGGGAUUCACCGGGAGACCCAUCCAGAUUUGGAGACUGCAGUUGAAAUUAAAUCAUCAAUUUCCAGUAAGAGCAUUUCUAAAAAUAAACAAUCCUAUGGCAUUAAAAUGGAAGGAAUUGCAAAGAAUGAUCUCUGGUAUUUGUCAUUAGAAGAAGUCUGGAAAUGUGAAGACCAGUUGGACAAGUAUCAGGAAAACCAGGAGAGACAUUUGAGGCAAGUGGCAUUCACCCAGAAGAGAGUACUUACUCAGGAGAGAGUCUGUGAAAAUCGUAAAUAUGGGGGAAACUGUCUUCUUCCUACUCAGCUGGUACUGAGAGAGUAUUUCCAUAAACAUGACUCACAUACUAAAAAUUUAAAACAUAAUUUAGUUUUUAGUGGUCAUCAGGAAAGCUAUGCAAGUAGCAGUGAAUGUGGUCCAGCCUUCUGUCAAAACAUUCACCUUAUUCAGUUUGCAAGAACCCAGCCAGGAGAUAAGUCCUACAAAUGCCCUGAUCCUGUUAACUCUCUUACUAGUGGUACAUCCCUUGGUAUAUCAAAGAGUAUACAUAGGGAGAAACCCUAUGAAUGUAAGGAGUGUGGGAAAUUCUUCAGCUGGCGCUCUAAUCUUACCAGGCAUCGGCUUAUUCAUACUGGAGAAAAACCCUAUGAGUGUAAAGAAUGUGGAAAAUCUUUCAGCCGGAGUUCUCACCUCGUUGGCCAUCAGAAGACUCACACUGGUGAAGAACCCUAUGAAUGUAAAGAGUGUGGAAAGUCCUUCAGCUGGUUUUCUCACCUUGUCACCCAUCAGAGAACUCACACAGGAGACAAACUGUACACUUGCAGCCAGUGUGGGAAAUCUUUUGUCCACAGCUCCAGGCUGAUUAGGCACCAGAGAACUCAUACUGGAGAGAAACCCUAUGACUGUCCCGAGUGUGGGAAGUCUUUCAGACAGAGCACACAUCUCAUUCUGCAUCAGAGAACUCACGUGAGAGUAAGGCCCUAUGAAUGUAACGAGUGUGGGAAAUCUUACAGCCAGAGAUCUCACCUUGUGGUGCACCACAGAACUCACACCGGACUGAAGCCCUUUGAGUGUAAAGACUGUGGAAAAUGCUUCAGUCGAAGCUCUCACCUGUUCUCCCAUCAGAGAACCCACACUGGAGAGAAACCGUAUGAAUGCCAUGACUGCGGGAAGUCCUUCAGCCAGAGUUCUGCCCUCAUUGUGCAUCAGAGAAUUCAUACUGGAGAGAAGCCAUAUGAAUGUUGCCAAUGUGGAAAAGCCUUCAUCCGGAAGAAUGACCUUAUUAAGCAUCAGAGGGUUCAUGUUGGGGAAAACACCUAUAAGUGUAAUCAGUGUGGGAUUAUCUUCAGCCAGAACUCUCCACUGAUUGUACAUCAAAUAGCCCACACUGGAGAACAGUUCUCAACAUGUAACCGGUGUGGGACAGCGCUUGUCAACAGCCCUAACCUUAUUCGAUACCAGACCAAUCAUAUUAGAGGAAAUACUUAUUAAUAUAGUGAAUGUGGAGAGUUCUGUACAAAGAGCAAUAACUUUCUUUUGCAUUGGAAACUCCUGGGGAGAAGCUGUGUAGAUGUAAUCUGUGCAGAAAUGCUUUCAGUCUUGUUACUACCCUUUUGUGCACUAGAGAGCUGGUCCUAGAAGGGGAAAUAACCCAAGAUUUCAUUUUAGUACACAAAUACAUCAGCUUUUCUUUCCACAAAUUCCUACAAAAGCAGUUGUCCUCGGAGCAUUCUUGACCAAGCCUUAAAAUGCUAAAAUCUGAGAAGUAGGUGAGUUGUUGAGAGAUUAUCCAACUUUGUUACCUUCUUCAAAAAGAUAAGAGUUGCUACUGCAAAGAAUAAAAAAUUGAUACAGUUAUCGUAACAAAAGUGGAAAAUAAUAUUCCAGUGAGUUAAUAUGCCCCCCCUUUUUUUUUUUUACUUAAUUGUCUUUCUGGGACAUUUAGUAGUGUUUACUCUGUUUUAUGUGUCUGAUUUAAGCCACAUUUUGGUUAGCAGCAGGGAAAAUGCUUAUAAUGUAAUGUAGAAAAAUAACAUUUACUAGUAAUGGUACUUAUUUUAAAUAUAUUUGCAUGUGGGCAAGAAUUGGAAAAGUACCCAUGGAUAAAUGACCAGAAAUGAUUUGUUAGGUAAUGGGAUUGAGUUUUAUAGUUUAUUCCAUGUUACUCUGAUAAUUAUUUGAAGAUAUUUUUAAAUAUUAAGAAAAAGAUAUCCAGCUUCUCCAUUCUAUCAUCAAGGACACUCAAGAACCAUCUACUAGCAGACUUUCCCAUUCUGUGUUGUUUAGGGUCAUAGUUAGAGUUGCACUCUUUGAGACAGGGUGCUAAAGGCUCCUGGGAAUUUAGAGACAGUGAUUCUUCGGACAUGGGGAUCUAGAGGAAGAUUAGGUAUUUGAGCACACCAGGGAGGGUCCCCAUUUGAGUGGGAACAGGUACUUGGGCCAUACUUAGAGCAGCUAUGCUCAUGAAAUAAACAGCAGUGCCCAAAGCCACCCUCCUUCCAAGGUAGUCCUUUAUCUUUAUGAAGGAAACGUAGUGGUUAAAUGCAUAAGCUGGAGCUAGACUACCCAAGUGGAAAUUCCACCUCUGCCCUUAACUUGCUGAGUGAACUUGGGCAUGCUGCCUAACCUCUCUGUGCCUAACUUACAGAUCUCCGCUUCUUUAAAUUAGGGAUAUUACUUACCUUGUAGGACUGUGGUGGGUAUUAAGUGAGUAAACACAUAAGCAGUUUAGAAUAGUGCCUGAUGUAUAUUAAGUGCUUUAUCAUUGCUAGCUGUGGUGAUCGAUCGGUGUUACUGUUGUUGCCUCACCUUGGUGUGUGUCAUUGAAUUUAAACCUGGCUGAGUGUGAGUAAGAGCUCACAGGGCUCUUGCUUCCCUCCCAGCCACAUGUUUCCCUCUUACCUCCGUCAGCACUUGGCCUGAGGAAAUCGGUGCCCAUAUUGGGUGUAUUGACUCAUUUCCGAGGAUCAGUAAACAGCUUUUAAUAUUGUAUACGAUUUAGAUCAUCUUGUUUGUACAGAGGUAAUAUCUUCUAGGGAGAGGAGCCUAAUCUUCAGAUUCUGUGAUAAGUUCAUGCCCCCCAAAAGAUUUAGCAAUAAAACCUGUUUUAAUUCUCUCUUU